UUCACCUGCCUGUACCCGUCUCGCCCUCAACCCUGCAAUACUUACUUGAUAAUGUGCAAAUGGCGGACGGGGCGAUGAUACUACUUCUUGUAUCUUUGGUACUACAAGCAACUCAAGUCCAAUCCGCAAGUAGCCUCCAUGGGUGUUACAUAGAAGACAUCAGGAACCGCCAUCUUCCGCUCAGCCCUGGCUACUAUGAUCCCAACGCCCUCACCGUAGAAAUAUGUACCAACUUGUGCGGAGCGUAUCAAGCAAUAUAUGCAGGCUUGAUAGCAGGUCGAUUCUGUUUCUGCGGUGACAACGAACCCGACGCUGCCUUCAUCACCGGCACCUCCAACUGUUCCACGCCAUGUGCCGGGGAUGCGGCUCAGAUGUGCGGGGGGGAGACGUACCUCAGUGUUUACCAGUCGGCCCAACCCAUCAAAAGGGUAGAUCUGAGCGUCAGUCCAAGCUUCGCCACGACGGGAGAGGCGGUGACCUUUUCUAUUGACGUCGACGCUGGCGGGAUCUUGACGUAUCAGAUGAACUACGAUGACGGCAACGGUGACAUGAAAAACAACGCUACGGGUAUGUUGACGAAGACAUAUGCGAUCCCUGGUCAGCAUGACGCAAUUGUCACUGCUAUGGACACUGCUGGCGCCAUUGUGCCCAAGUCUAACGUAGCAGGGUUGGUGGUGCAGGCGCCCGUCAAGAACAUCACUGUGGAGUGUCCCCUGUUCAUAACGGACGAAGAAGACAAGUGUGUCGCCAUCAUCACCCAAGGGACACAUCUCCGUCUGACAGACAAUGUGGAUGGCACGGACAGGACAAUUGACGUUGCAGACCCGAUUGUGGAUGGUGCUGGUUGUUGCGUGCCUUCGACCAACGACCCGCAAGUGGCCACAACCGAGGACAAGGACUACAUGAUGUACGCCUCAGAGUUUAAGUACGAGGGCGUGGUCACACACUGGGAGCUCUGGGCAGAGACGACUGGGACACUCAUACUCUUGAUCCUACAACCCGACUGCACCCCAUACUGCUACGAAACAAACGCAUGUGGAGCGUGUGCAGGAAUGACUUGCACAAGCCCCAACGUUUUCUGCCCCAGAGCUCAGAGCUGCUCCACAGGAUGUACCCCUCUCGACAGGCACCCAUGUGCCGCACCCCUAUCUGACUACACCAUCCGCCAGACACUCACGCUGACACUGACGGCCACUGGUUAUCAAGUCAUUGACUCCCAAGACUACACCCAUGUAUACCCCGGAGACAUCAUCGCCUACAGAAAAUCAGCAGGAUCAGCUGCACUUACAGUGUCCUACAACCAGACAGAGUGUGACAGGAAGUAUCCACCUACCACAACCAAUUUUGCCAAAACUGGUGGCAUCUCGAUGCCAAAUACCCGCCAUCAUCUGAAAGCCAUUUUCUCAAGUCAGACAAAGGUAUACCUCACUUACACCUUCACCACGGCUGGUACCUACCCUCUGACUACCAACGUCAGUAACAUCGAUAUUCCCUUCUCUGAACUGAACGUCACCGAGAUCGAGGUUCUGCAAGGCAUUAAUGCUACUAUCAUUGACGCCCCCAUGUAUUGGGUCACAAACGAGGAAGGGACGUUAAACAUCCUCCCGCACACAGGAACCAACGUGAAACGCAACUGGGACUUUGGCGAUGGGUCAUCCAUUAAUGAUACUACCACCGACCACUACAACCACACCUUCACAGCAAAGGGCGAAUAUAAUGUCUCAGCAAUAUCCUGGAAUCAACUGACCAGUAAAUCCAACAUCACAACAGUCAUAGUUGAGGACAGAAUUGAUGGCUUCACAGUCUUGUACAGCCCUUGUGUGACCCUCAGCAACUGCCCUUUCACCAUCCAGUUAACAGGGGGAUCGGACUACACCAUCGACUGGGACUACGGCGACUCCACGACCAACACCACACUGGAGGCCGACUACGGUCACAACGGCAUCGUGAAUCAUGUCUUCACCGUUGGUGGUAACUAUACCGUAACUGCUAACUGCUCAAACCACGUUAGCUCUCUCAUCUUCAUCUUCACUGUGGUCGUGCAGGAAGAAUGUCUUGGGUUGGCAUUGGUCAGAACCGGAGCUGAGAAACUAGUUAGCUUCAGAAUCGAAUGGACAUUGACACAAGGAUCAGACUGCGUAUUUAAUUUGGAUUUUGAUAGCGUCAUCAUUCCUGUUGAGUCUGGAGAUAUUGUCACUAAGAAAUGGCAGACAGCAAUUCUUCCUGGGAAGAUGGCGAACAAAUAUCCUCUUAUUCUGACAGUGACCAACAUGCUUGGUUCGAGAAACAUAACUGAAGACUUCACCAUAGAAACUGCAAUGAAGAAUGUUUCCAGUAACUGUGACCUUGCGAAGACCGGCACCAGUAUCCCUGUAACGUGCAGUGUUACAAUGGCAGAAGGAUCAAACGUUGUAUGUACAUGGGACUUCGAUGACGGAACCCCAGUCGAUACCCACGAUGAAGGACCAGCUGACUGGGCUAUCCGUACCAACCUGGUCGAACAACGUAGCCAUUCUUUCGCCACAGGAGAGCUGUUCAAUGUCACCAUCACGUGUGCUAAUAACGAUCGCUCUGAAAGUCAACACCACUCAGUCCUCGUUAUUCAGAGUGUCGUUGACGUCGAACUUGUCCACCGAGAAACCAUAUUCUUUGCACCCCCUGGUAUUGGAGCUUUCUCCUUUGAAACAACAGGAGGGACGCCAAAUGAGGCUACAGCUGAGUUCGACUUUGGUGAUAACUUUCGCUCCACAGAUCCUCUUCAAAUGGAUUUCAACUAUACCCAUGAGUACAGGGACCCUGGGUGCUAUCCCAUUACAGCUCGUAUCUGGAACGAAGUAAGUGGCAAGAACUUCACAGACCGCCAAAUGUGUGUCAUCGAUCCCGUUGAGGAUCUGGUCGUCACAGCUGAUCCUCCUGGUGCUAUUUUAAGUCAGGCUGCAAACAUCAAGGUCAUGAUGUACCGUGGGCCUAGCGGUCUGUUUGCAAAUAUCUCCUGCGACUUUGGCGAUGGCAGUGGAGCACAAACCUGGCAACGAACAGGUUCGGGACAGAACGGUGAAGAUGUACAACUGGUAACGUACAGUACACUAGGAACAAAGACCAUCACAUGCGACAUAACGACUCCACUUCAGUUUGAGACGGCGACUUAUCAAAUAGAAGUGGAUAAUCCUGUCACAAAUGACUGUGUCCUGUCUACGAACUAUCCCGUUACCUACAACAAUCCAAUUAAAUUCUUCGUAGAAUGCGCUACCAAUCCUAUGCCGACUAAUGCCAUAGUGACAAUAAACCAGGGCGAUGGUUCUCCCCCGGUCACUGUAACUGUUCCUGCCUUGACCGCUGGAACCCCAGUCGAAAUCCACAGCUACACUCCCGCCUCGGACGGUCACUUCGUUGCCCAACUCACCAUGGCCAAUGGUGGUUCCAGUAUCAACGCAACUUUGUUUGCCGGCAGUUACAUCCCUCUGACCUCCACGUCCUACAUGUGUCAGUACCAGCCUGACGUUCCCGUCGGCGGCCCCUUGUUGGAUGGUCUGGACGGGAUCAAUGUGAAGUUCCCCACAGGAUCCGCUAUCACCUGUACCACAACUCUAGGACCAGGGACUCCCGUGUACUAUGUGAUGACGGCUGUUCACGUCUCCAGCUCCCCAGUCGUCGUGUGCAACAAGACCACAAGUGUGUUUUCUUGCAUGCUGAAUGAGGCGGGACAGUACUCGGUGGAGGUGAAAGCCGUCAACCCACUUGGAGAAUCAACGCCAGAUACUAAAACCAUCAUCAUGAGACAACCCGUCAACAACAUCAUCGUCACCGAGCUAACGCCCAACGCCAAAGCUGGACAGGAGAAGAGUUUCAGUUUCCAGUUUGACGAGAUGGGCGAAGAGAGUUGCCUAAACGUUAACUUUGACGACGGGUCAGGCACGACAUACAACUACGGCGACCCUGCCUACUGUUCUCUAGAAGCGGCCUUCGCAGGAGGACGGGCUGCGGGUUCCUUGCAGAACCCAAUGACCGUACGCUUCAAAUACGACGCCGUCGGUAACUACCAGAUCAACGCCACUAUUUUCAACACCUUCUCUGCAACGCAUAUAUAUUUAUACCAUUCUGUAAGUUCCCAGGAUUGCAACAAGCCAGAUAUCACCAUUGAAGAUGGCGUCACAGAUUUUCGAACACCUCUUCAAUUCCAGAAAAGCAAAGAUAUUGUCAUCAGAGGCAAGUCAAAUAUCACCUGCGCUUCUACUCUUAAAAAUACCAAGUUAUGGCAAGUUGAACGGGCUGACAAAGAGUACGGGAGAUAUAACGGCUCCACCGGCUUUACGUCUGACAAAGCUGAACUUGUGAUCAGAGCGAAACAGUUAGCCUAUGGGUUGUACAAGGCGACCUACAGCAUUCAAAUGGACUUGGCCGACGGAACUACUUUUGUUGGGUAUGACUACACAUUCUUCGAGGUGAUCAUGUCUGACCUCGUGGUCGUCAUGGAGAUAGGGGGCAUCAGUGAGGUUGACCGUGGUGAGAAUCUUCCGGUGACCUUUAGCCCUGAUAAAUAUUCAUUCGAUCCGGAUGUGGACAUCACAGCUCCCCAGGGCUUCGAUGGAUUCACAUGGAGCUGUAGAAUAAUGAAGAACCUGUCCUUGGCAACUGCUUGUGACUCGAUCACCGGGCAACCAGGCGGAGAACUCACAUUCAACACCAACCUGUUCGUGGUCGGGGAGCAGAUCGAACUUUCUUGCAAUGGAUCUAAAGACACAAGAGCAUCUGUCGGCGCCAUUCUCGUCAAUAUCGUCACCGGCGCUCCUCUUAACUUAUACAUCAUGACGGCUGGCAGCAGCGUGACGACCCAGCUAGCGGACGGUAAGUUGGUGUCGUCGCAGGAACGUCUGGCGUUGGAGGUGAAGUGCAAGGACUGCGCAGCUAAUGUUGACCUCAACUGCCAAUGGACCGCCUAUUCCUAUGACUUCCGAUGGCCCUGGCGGGCGUACUUCGACUCCGAAGUGGAUCCCCAUCUUGUUGCAAUUGAUGGAAUGAAGUCAGAAACAAUCGCCAUCAAGCCAACCUUGUACGACCUUCACCCUAGUGUCACCAAGUACCGGUUCUCGGUCAAGUGUCAAAAACCCGGUGGUGAUUUAGGCCAAGCUGCGCUCAACAUCCAACUGAACCGACCCCCUCAACCCGGAACUUGUGUCAUCACCCCCAAGGCCAGCACCCUCACCUGGGAAGGGACUGGGGCAUUCAACGUCAAGUGCUCGGGAUGGCAGGAUGACAACGGAAUUGCUGGGUUUACAUUCUACAGCAAGCACAAGAACAACGAACUCGCCCAACAGAUAACGACGUACCGUGAGGCUAGUGACGUCACAAUCGACCCUCCAUUGGGGGCGGACUAUGACGACUUUAAGGAAGAGGUGUGGGUGGACGUGAAGGACUCCCUUGGCGCCGCAUACAGCUUCUUCAUCGACAACGUGACGGUCAAUCCAGCCAGUGUAGAUCAGAUACGAGCGUGGACUUCAAACGAGAAGUUGUUUUCUCAGACGGCCAUUGACAAACUGGCUGCAAGCGGGGAGCAGAAAGCGGUAACGGAGAAAAUGACCCAAAUUGCUACACUACUGAACACCGAGAGUAAGAGGAGCGAGAUAGAGUACCAACGUGUACCAGGAAUAGGCCCCAACAACGAAUACACCUCCUUCCUCGCCCCCGGCGACAACACCGUUGCCAACGGAAUGGAUGAUGCAACAGCUAGCGCCAACUUGGCUGAUCAGGAAGCUCGUAUAGAGAAAUACAACAUCGAGAGAGACAACAAUGCUGCAAUCCGAGACCAGAUCGCAGACAUCUGCGCCAACAUGACGACCCCGGAUCCGGCGGCCAUGCAACAAGUCCUCACGUGUCUUCAUACUGUUUCCUCGGAGGCUAAUGAGUGUACCAGACACUGUCAGCUCGUGACCCUUUCUAAGACGGAAGAGAUAGCGAAGGAACUCGAAAGUAUGAUUGCCUCAGCGGAAGUCAUCAAGGCAGUUGGCAUUGCACUCCUAACAACGACGUUAGAUGCCGUCACGUCCAUCGAUGUAAACGAGGAAUAUCCAACACUCACUGAUAUUUCUAAUGCAAAGAAAUCUGACAAGUACCCUAUCUAUGACACGGAUCUCGAGUCCUCCGAUCCAAGUGUCAUUGGUUCUGCCGACCCAUUCAAGCAACACGCCAAGAACGUGCACGCAGUGGAACAGGAGGAGGUGCAAUCAGGCAACUCUGGCAACGUAAAACAGAUCCGCGAUGUCGUAAUGAAGAAAAUGGCGCAGACUCUCACCCCCGGGGAGCGACUCGACUUCAGUACCCCCGCCGUCGUCGGCACCAUCAGCCAUGUUGACGUUGGCGAAACCGGAGGCGCCAUUAUCGACAUGCCGCUCACAAGAACAUCUCUAGCCUUACCAGCUUCCAACAUCUUCGGGAACCUUCUCGGAGAGAACGACACUGCUGUCGUAUCGGCAAUGGCUACCAAGAGAGACAUCAACACAUACGCCGACUCUACAUCCAGUCUUGGACCAGACACACAGUACCUGACCGUGGAGUUUUUGUCACAGAACGGAUCCGUGAUCCCUGUUCAGAACACUCCCGAACCUAUCAAGAUCAUCAUUGCACAUUCCUCUAGUGGCCCUAUCAACUACACGGAGUCCGAACUACACAUUGCAAAUUGGAACAACCUCUACUACACGAAGGUGAACCUCACCGGCGACGACUCUUCCAUCCACGUGGACGUGCAGGACCUUGCCGAUCCCGACAUCCAAGUUCUCCUCGUUGUCAAGAUGGGGGAGUUAUCUAACAUAGAAAAAGGAAUAUGUGAUGACGUUGCUUUCAUACCAAAGACUCUCGCACCCCCAAGAAUCAUGUCUUAUACAAUGGACAAUCGAAAGGUCAAGAAGUUCACGGGCACCGUAUGGCUAGGUUUCCGACCUGUCCCUAAAGGGUUUGACUCAAGCACCAUCACAUCCUGCGCUGACCUGAACAAACUAGACCUGAACUCCACCCACCCCGACCUCCAGCUUGGCGUCUACACCUUCACCAGCGGCUGUUACUUCUUCGAUGAGACCACCAAGCAGUGGUCAUCAGAUGGAUGUUACGUCGGAGAUGAAACCAACUACAACGAAACCGUCUGUUACUGCAACCACUUGACGACAUUCGGAGGCGGCUGGGCUGUAGCCCCCAACACCAUCGACUGGAACUUCGUCUUCGCCAACGCCGACUUCUACAAGAACCCCACCAUCUACAUCACAGAGAUGGUGAUAUGCGUGCUCUAUCUGCUCGCUGUCGUCUGGGCCAGGAGAAAGGACCGAAAGGAUCUCGAAAGGCUUGGACUUACGCCUUUGAAAGACAACGAUAGUCGUGACAAAUACUACUACGAAGUCAUUGUCGUGACGGGCAUGCGCAGAAAUGCUGGAACUGACUCAAAGGUGUUCCUCAUCUUGUCCGGUGAGAAUGACGAAACCGAUGUGCGCAUGCUCGGUGACGACAAACGGAAGGUCUUCCGGCGAGGGAACGUUGAUGCCUUCUUGAUGACUGUGCCAGAGCCCCUCGGUCCUCUGAACUACGCCCGUGUGUGGCACGACAACUCCGGCAAAGGCAAGUUCGGGUCGUGGUACCUCAAGUACCUCAUUGUCAGAGACGUGCAGACCGAGCAGAAGUUCGUCUUCAUCUGUAACAGAUGGUUCGCUGUCGAGGAGGACGAUGGACAGGUUGACCGCGUGAUCCCCGUGGCUGGACUUGCCCAGAUGACGGAGUUCGGGCACCUGUUCUCGGAGAGAAGCAAGAAGAACCUUGUUGAUGGUCACCUGUGGUUCUCGGUUGUCGCCCGACCCCCUCAGAGUCGCUUCACCCGUGUCCAGAGAGUGUCCUGCUGCCUGUGUCUCCUGUUUGCCACCAUGCUGUCCAACGCCAUGUUCUACGGCCUGGCCGAUGACCAGCCGGGAACAGCCUUCACAUUUGGUCCGUUUGCCCUCAGUCCCCAGCAGAUCUACAUAGGUAUCAUCAGCAACCUAAUCGUGUUCCCGGCCAACUUCAUCGUCAUCACACUGUUCCGUAAGUCAAAGGCCAGAAAGAUGAGGCCAUCCCGUCUGGAGGAAGCCCUGAAACAGAUGCCAAAUAGAACAUCUGCUUCAAUGACCGAUGUGAAGCCCGAGGUAGCUGGAAUCUGGUCGAUGGGAGGAAGAGCAAGCAGCCAGGCGAAAACUCGGCCGGAGAGCUCCUUCUCACAGUCGGAAUUCAGACCUCACAGUGGGAUGUCCCAGAGUUCGGAAAAGAAGAAGAAAAAGAAGAAGUUUGAGUUCCCAUGGUGGUGUCGUAUCGUUGGGUGGAUCUUGCUUUGGACUCUCACUGGCGUGUCGGUUGCUUUUGUCACCUUCUAUGGCAUCAUGUUCCAGGACGAGAAAUGCAAGAAAUGGAUUACUUCCAUGCUGGUUUCCUUUUUCACAUCCAUCUUCGUGACUCAACCAAUCAAGGUGUUCCUGACCGCCAUCAUCUUCUCGCUGAUCUGGAAGAACCCUGGGGAGGGUGAAGACGACAAGCCUGAGGAUGAGGAGGAGCCGAAGCUGGAAUAUGAUGAGGAGUACCUCCAUGCAGGCGCUGAAACUGGAGGAUUCGGAGCAGCUCGCCCACGAAAGAUUGGAUACAAACCGCCAGAUCCGGAGGAACUUGAGAGGGCAAGGAAACAGAGGUUGAAUGAGAUCAAGAUGUGGGAAAUCGUCAGAGAGCUUGUCUUCUAUUCCUUCUUCCUGUGGAUUCUGAUGGUCAUAAGUUACCGAGGCAGGAACCCCAACAGUUAUAUCUACAAGGACACCCUGGAGAAGAUGAUCAUCAAGAACAAUCACACUUUGCAAUGGUUUACCAAGAUACACAACGCUGAGGAGUACUGGAAAUGGGCCCGGAGCGGCAUGGUGAACGCGGUGCGCGCCAGCAGCUACUACAACAAGGACCCUCCGCUCAUGCUGCGAGGAUUCAUAGGCGACAAGGUGUCGAGGAUGAUGGGCUUUGCCACCAUGAGACAACUCAGAGUUGAACCAGGUUUAUGCGAGACAAUCGACGUGAUGCAGACAGUCAUUACCGAGUGUAACGAGGCAUACUCCCUAUUCAGCGAGUCUAAAGGCAGCUUCGCUCCCGACUGGAAACCAUUAGGUGUAAACGAAACAGCGAGAAUGGAGUACUCGUACAGAACUGCCUCGGACUUGAACGGUUAUCCUUACCUGGGCCUACUGGAAGUCUACGGUGGAGGCGGUUAUAUUGUUGAGCUCAGAGGAUCGAAAACCACGCUUGAAAAGAAAAUGUUAGAACUUGAGAAGGAAAAUUGGAUAGAUAAAUACACCCGCGCUGUAUUUGUAGAGUUUACGGUUUACAACCCGCAAGUCAACCUGUUCGCAAUCGUUACCAUUUUAGCCGAGUUUCAACCAAGUGGUGGUGUCCUGACGUCGUCUCGCUUUGAACCUGCGACGCUGUUGCCGUACAUGACGUCGGUGAUGCUGUUCCAGAUCGUGUGUGAAGUCAUCUACUUUAUCUUCACGAUUGUAUUCAUUGUCAAGGAGUUCCGUACAUUCUUAAAAGAAAGAACAAAUUACUUUAAGUCAUUUUGGAAUCUUGUCGAGAUAUCGAUCAUUGUAAUGUCGGUUUCGUCUAUCGUGGUCUACUUCUACCGGUUGAUAGUAACGAAUUCCCUCACCAACGAGUUCAAACGUAACCAUGGCAACGAAUACAUGAAGUUCCAAUAUGCUGGGUACUGGAAUGAGAUCUUCUCGUACAUGAUUGGAUGGCUGGUCUUCUUUGGCACUCUGAAAUUCCUGAAACUGCUGCGCUUUAACAAGAGAAUGUCCCUCCUCGCUUCUACCCUCAAGAACGGAGCCCACAGUAUCAUACACUUCAGUGUGCUCUUCUGGAUCAUGUUCCUGGCUUUCAUGCAGCUGUUCUACCUUACUUUCAAGAACGUCAGCUCUGCCUUCACCACAAUGGUCAUCGCAGCUGAGUCCGGAAUCCUGAUGAUGAUGGGCAAAUUUGACAUCUACGGAAUGCUGAUGGUGGAACCAAUCCUUACCCAAGUCUACGUCUUCUUCUUUGUCGUGACGUGCACCUUCAUCCUCGUCAACAUGUUCCUCUCCAUCCUCAACGAGACCUUUGCUUCCGUCCGCGUGGACAUCAACAAGCAGAACAAUGACUACGAGAUCGUCACUUUCAUGGUGAACCGGUUCAAGAAGUGGACAGGCUUAGGGACCGUAGCAAAUGCUCCACCAACCAACGCCACCGACGUAGCCAAGCCGCCCACCGUGGAGGAGUUUCCUGACCGCAUCGACCGCCUCCUCAAUUCCAUUUCCAACGUGUACAUGGACGACAACAUAGGGGCGCUGCUGGAAAGCAAAGGAGAAUCCAAGAAGAUGGCAAUGAAGAAUAUGAUGAGACCAACUGCCCCUGGCAGCACAAGAGGCGGCCCCAGAAUAAAUUAACACUAAGUGUGGGCUAAGGCUAGUUCACACACACGCACUCAGUAGUGACUACCGGCCAAACGCUAGUCCAAACAACCACAAGAAUGGUCAUAGUAAUAGCUGCUUUGCCUAUACUGUCAUACUGACUUGAUGUUUAGUUCAGUCCGUGUGUAUGCAUCGUUUCUUUACGUCCUUCACGUUGAGUUAAUAACGAUUUGAAAUAAGAAGAUUCUUGUAUAGACUAUUACACAAGUACGACGCGGGUAUCUCAAUAGAAAACAAUUCAACAUUUAUAUGAUAAACCAUUUCGGUGUGAUCCAGUAUUGCAUUUGCCAGUGAUUAUACAGGCCAGUUCUACACGAGUUCUCUCUCAAGUUUUUGUGUACAAUUUACAAGAUGACGACUGUUAAAGUCAAAGUUAUACCAGUAGCUCACAAACAAAGUCGUUUAAUGAAGUUGUAACAGAACAUUUUUACACUUCCUAUGUGAAUCUGAUUGUUAUUUCAGACUUAUUUGAAAAUCACCUUUAUCUCACGAACAUGUCGCAAGUCAAGCCUUAUCUCUAUUUAAUAAUUUAAAUCGCAAUAAUUUAUCUCUUUUAUUAAAGUUACAAUGAGAUACUCUAGAAACACGUGAUGUUUUACUGUUUUAUUAUGUUGUAUUUUCAAGUUUUAUUGGUACUUUGUGAUAGACUGAUGUCACAUUAGAACUCCCUGUCAUACAUCUACACGAUAAAAUACAAUCCCAUUGUUCCAUGGCCUUCAGAGUCGAUGAAUUUUUCUCCAAGAAAUCUGAUUGAAUUAUUUUAUCGAUGUUUUCAAUUUCGUUUGUAAUAACGGUAUUUAACAAAACACGGGUUUUGUGAAGUUUUGAAGCUGAAGUAUCAGUCACCAGGUUUAUAUGAAAUACGGCUGCUUUCUGACAUCCAUAUUGAUUUUUAACCAAUUUUUUUAUUCAUUUACUGUGAUUCUGCUGUUUCAUCGUCCAGAUACUGUGAUAUUUAAAACUGCUGUUUCAUUGAUGCAAAACCAUUUUCCUUAUUGCGUCCGUCCAUAGUGAUAUCUCUGAAUAGAGAAUUACUCAUCUGUUGCAUUGUUAAAGGUUAUAUCGAGUCAAUAAAACAGACAGUAGCAGACA